GCCAGCACAGGGAGUCACUACAUUCCGGGCAGGAAUUCAAUAAGAGAAGCAGACACAAACAAACAGAGAGAAAGAGGGACAGAGAGGGAGAGAGAGAGAGCGAGAACGCACGCAAGCGGGGAGAAAGAGGGAGACAGAGAGAACGCACGAAAGCGGGGAGAGAGAGGGAGAAAGAGAGAGAGAGAGAGAGAGAGAGAACGAACGAACACGCACGCAAACGGGAGAGAGAUUCUCAGGGUGGAGGCAGACACACACUCACUCACUCACUCUCUCUGUCUGUCUCUGCCUCAGCAGGUCCGCCUUCAUUCUGUCUGAGGCAUUGAGGGGAGUUUUUGGAUUUUGUUUUUCUGACUGGAGACAAAAAUUACUGACAUUUCCUCGUCGUAAACAGACACGGAAUAUUAUUCGAUAGUGAAAAAACACAGAUUUUAACUCGUUUCAGAGUUAAAAUCUAUCGCUGCGGCGCGCUAAACAUGAGGAGAGUUAGUUAGCACGGAGAGCUAACGCAGUUAGCUAACGAGAGUUAGCACAGUUAGCCGCUAGCUCUGCUGCUAGCUAACCGCUUGCACGGAAAAGUGAGAAGAGAUGGAGCGUGUGGACUUUGGCGAGCUUCACUGAGGACUGGAUUUAGUAGUAACGGAAAGUUUGCGACGCGUACUUCGUUUGUUUGUUUACUCGUUUAUUUUUGUUUUACUUUAUUUUUGAGCUAAUGGAUUCGGCUCCGAGUUUCCAGCCUCCGGCUGGUCUCCAGCAGACUCUGCGUCAGUUCCACCUGAGCUCCAUGCGCUCUUUGGGCGGACCAGCAGCUUUCUCGGCUCGCUGGCAGCGCGAGGCUCCGUUUGGUAAAACCGGAGGGAACGAGCCGCUUCCACCAGGACCCACACGUUCUCCGCCGCCGCCCCUGCUCCCCGGGCCUUUACUGGUGCCUCCUGACCGUUCUACAGCGCGCUGCGAGACGGUGCUAGAGCGCGAGACCAUUUCGUGCUUCGUGGUCGGCGGAGAGAAGCGACUCUGCUUGCCGCAGAUUCUAAACACGGUGCUGCGCGACUUUUCCCUGCAGCAGAUCAACGCAGUGUGCGACGAAUUGCACGUGUACUGCUCCCGGUGCACCGCAGAGCAGCUCGAGAUCCUCAAAGUCGUGGGCGUGCUGCCGUUCUCCGCACCCUCGUGCGGGUUGAUCACGCAGACGGACGCCGAAAGACUCUGCAACGCGCUCUUGCACGGAGGAUCUCUCCCGCCGCGAGGAGACCCAGCAGCCGUGGAGCUCGCGAGCACCAAGAAGAGCAUCCCCGUGUACCACGAGUGCUUCGGCCGCUGCGACGGCGUGUUCGUGCCCGAGCUGUACUCAAACCCCGGUGCCGCUUGCGUGCAGUGUGCGGACUGCGGGUUCAUGUUCCCCGCGCGCCGCUUCGUGGUGCACAGCCACCGCCGCCGCGAAAACCGCACGUGCCACUGGGGCUUCGACUCGGCCAACUGGCGCGCGUACGUGCUGCUGGACCGCGACCGCGCGCAGCCCGCGGAGCACUCGGAGCUCCAGAGGAGGCUGGACGAGCUAAAGGAGAAAUUCCAGCGGGCCGGGAAACACGCAGCACCAGAAAUCACGGCAUACAGUCCUAUUCCGUCCAAGAAAUCCAAACAGGAGCGGUCACGUUCCCCGUCUGAGGACAAAGAAAAGCAGGCUGAUUGGCUGCAGUAUCUGACUGCGUCCACGAACAAGGAUCUGAAGCAGCUCCAAUUCAAGCAGCGGCCAUCAGCAUUCCGGCCGUGGAGUCCUAGAGUUCCAACCUCUGAGAGAGCAGUGCCCAGUCACAAACAUGAGCGAUCGCCUCCUAAACGCCCUGAGAGUUUGGCCCCUAGUGUGACAGUGACCUCGACUGGCCUUGGUAAGGAUGAGGCGCUGCAGGCCACAGGCUGUCAGCCUGCAGACCCGCUCACCCUUAGCUCCAGACCCACCAAACACUGGCCAUCUGGAGAGAGUCAGUCUUUGCUUGCAGCGCGACUCCAUCAGCCAGCGAAAAACGACUCAGACUCGGAUGCUGAGAUUGAAGUGGACACCUGCAACGAGAUCCCUCGCUCGCAUUCAUUAAGUAAUGGAUUGGCAGGCUCCAGCCCAGCAGAAGUGUGUGAUGUGCGGCUGAAAGUGGCCGGGCCAUCAGAGCUGGAGGCGCUGCGGCAGACGCUGUACAGUGACUUGAGCUCCAGAGAGGCCAGAGAGAGGUUCCUGCAGGAGAUUGUUCGCAUGAGGGUCAAACAGGAGGAAAAACUCACUGCUGCUCUGCAGGCCAAACGUAGCCUUCAACAGGAGCUGGAGUUUGUGAGGGCAACGAAGAAGGGCAGAUUGCGGGAAGCCAUUGAGGCCAAGCGUAACCUGCGGAAGGAGAUUGAGCGGCUGAGAGCUGAGUGUGAAAAGAAGGUGCGCGAUGCCAACGAUUUGUGUGGCAGACUGAAGCGGGAGGUGGAGAGAGAGCGACAGCUCCGAGUGUGUGAUAAAGGCUGCGAGUCCGGACGCCUGCGUGCAAAAUACUCCACACAGAUUGAGGAGCUACAGGUGAAGCUGCAGCAGGCUGAGGCUGAUCGAGAGCAGUUGAGGGAGGAGUUGUUGAAGGAGCGUGAAGCGAGGCAGAGUCUGGAAAGAGCAGUGCUUCAACUACAGCAACAACUCAACCAGAACACACAACAGACACACACUCAGGAGAACCAGCAACCAAAUGGGCGAAAGAAUGGAGAGGCUGUGGGCACUUCAUAGAAAAAACAAUAAAAACUUGGAGGACGCUUUCUGAUAUGCCUAAAGCAAAGCGAACAACAUGAACAAGUGAUAUAAAUACAUAGAUAUAUAGGAGCAAAAUAAAUACAUGAUACAAAUACAUGCAUUUUAGUAACACACUUAUGGACGGUUACGAAGACGUGAACUGGAACAAGGAUUGGAUUAGCAAGAACUUUCCAAAGCAGAAGUUUUGUUUACUAAAACUUUUUAGCUGUCAUAAAAGUCCAAAUCAGCAUCAAAAAGAACACCGAAAUGAUGACACUCUGGAUGGAAAUCACCACCACAUUGGACUGACAUCUUCAGUUAGCUUCUCAAGCUAAUCCGAGGAAUUAUAUUUUGUUAUAAGCUAUUUAACAAAGAUACUUGAAAAUAUAUUGGAAACGAAAGUGUUUCCUAAUUAGCGAGCUGACAGUAGCAGAUAGUUGACCUGCUAGUGCCACAUGAAAAAUCUGUAAACAAAAAAAAUACAAGAAGGUAUUACACAAAAAUAGAAUAUACGCAGGACAUGCAUUUUUUCACUACAUAUGAUAAUGUUUAUGAUGCUUAUUUCCUUUCUUGUUAUAUCAAUAUAAUUUGCAUGAGCAGCAGUGCUAUGUAUUUUCUGGGCAGGGUUUUCAUAUAAACAUGCAUA